UUGUGUUGAGAGAUAGUGGUGGCUCUCACGACCGCCACCUCCAAGGCUCCAACCACCCUCACCACCGGAGCCAUGGAAGCCAAGAGGGCAUCACCACCCUCCACCACCAUCUCCACCACAAAACUCGCCAGAACCACCAGCGGCAGUGGCAGUGGUAGUGGAACGAUAAUCCUCAACAAAUACCAACUAGGCCGACUGUUAGGCCGUGGAAGCUUCGCAAAAGUCUACCACGGCCGCUGUCUAGACGACAAUUCCACCGUAGCCGUCAAAGCCAUUGACAAAACCAAAGGUUUUCAGGGCCCAUUAGAGCAAUUCAUCAUCCGUGAAGUUUCCGUCAUGCGGCGGCUGAACCAUCACCCGAGUAUCCUUAAAAUCCACGAAGUCAUGGCGACAAAAACAAAGAUCUACCUGGUCAUGGAGCUGGCGCCAGGCGGCGAACUGUUCUCCAAGCUUCAACAACGCGGCAAGUUCUCCGAAUCCACGGCUAGGAAUUACUUUCAUCAACUCAUCUCAGCCCUUCACUUCUGUCACCAGAACGGAGUCGCCCAUCGUGAUAUAAAGCCCCAAAACAUGCUUCUUGAUCAACAUGGCAACCUUAAAAUAUCCGACUUCGGACUCUCCGCUUUGCCCGAACAGCUGAAAAACGGGAUGCUUCAUACGGCUUGUGGAACGCCGGCUUAUACGGCUCCUGAGGUGCUGUAUCGCAAAGGUUACGAUGGUUUCAAGGCGGAUGCAUGGUCUUGUGGGGUUCUCUUGUAUGCCUUUCUCGUGGGAUCUCUCCCAUUUGACGAUAGUAACCUUCCCCAGAUGCAUCGCGCAAUACACCGUCGCGUAUUUGAUUUUCCUGAAUGGGUUUCGAAACCCGCGAAAAGUAUCAUAUAUCGCUUGUUGGAUCCUAAUCCGACAACGAGGUUGGGGAUCGAGGAAUUGUUGAAGCAUUCUUGGUUCAAGAAAGCAGCAAGGAGUUUCAAAGAACAAGAAUUUGGUUGUGUGUUUGGUCAGAGGGAUAAAGAUGGUGGUUAUUUGAGUAGACUGAAUGCUUUUGACAUAAUUUCUAUGUCAUCAGGGCUGAAUUUAUCUGGGCUAUUCGAGAUGGGGCUAAGUAGCAAGGAGAUGAGAUUUACAUCAGGUUCCAAGGUAGGGGAGAUUGAGGAGAGAGUGUUGAAGGUUGGUGGGGAGCUGGGGUAUAGCGUGCAAAGAGGGAAGGGUGGCGGGAUUGGAUUGGUGAAGGGUUGUGGAAUAUUGGUUGUGGAGAUUUGGGAAGUGGCUGAGGGGCUUUGGAUGGUGGAGUUUAAGGUGGUGGAAGGGAGGGUGGUGGAGUUUGAGGAAUCCGAGUGGGAGGAGCUGAAAGCUGGGCUUAAAGAUAUUGCUCUUUCUUGGCAUGACGAGUAUGAUGGAUCUUGAGCAGUUGAAGAAAGACGGAGUUGGGAUGGUUAGAAUUUGGAUGGAAAAUGCCCAGAGGUCUGGUUGAGUUCCUUUCUGGUCAGGUAGCUCAGCCGUGGGAAUUGAACAGUUUCGACUAGUGAGCAUUUGUUCUUGUUAGGAUGAAUUCUUACAUGUUAGAUUAUUGCUAGUUACAGGAGAGGGACUUAAUUUACUCUUUGAGGGAGCUGAUUGAUGAUCUUGAGAGGAUAAUGCACUGAUUUUUGUAUAUACAAUCUUUGUUUAGUGGAAUUUUACAUUGAUCU